AUGGGGGCAGAAGCCAGGUUGUUGGACUUUUCCCAUGCUAAACAGCUGUUUGCUGCUUGUUUGGAGUUGGUAACAGAGUUCUCACCAAAACUUCGUCAGGUCAUGCUGAAUGAGAUGUUGCUUUUGGAUAUUCAUACACAUGAAGCUGGAAUGGGGCAAUCAGGAGAGAGACCUCCUUCUGACCUUAUUAGUAGGGUGCGAGGAUACCUGGAAAUGAGGCUUCCUGAUAUUCCUCUUCAUCAGGUAAUAGCUGAGGAGUGUAUUGGUUUUAUGUUAAACUGGAGGGAAAAUGAAUAUCUUACACUGCAAGUUCCUGCAUUUCUGCUUCAGAGUAAUCCAUAUGUAAAGGUGACAUGCCACGUGUUGGAUGGAAGUUGGGAUAAGAAGUUGGGCCCUCUGCUGGUUUGUAGGGUGAGGUGCUCCCUGGGCCAUGCUGUGUGGAGAGUAGCAUGGUGGGAUGGGGAGACAGGAUGA